AUUCGAUGACUACGCCACCACAGUGGCCCAACCAACAAUAUUUUCAAGAUAGUGCGUGUAAGAAGUGAGUUGUAACGAUAUUUUUUAAUGCAGUUGAAUAUAAAUUAAAUUGUUAAUGCUUCUAUUCCAAUUAAUAUCAAUUCAUCUUUAUAAAAUUAUUUAAAAAAUCUUACGUGAGGUGACGCCGUUGGUACAAUUCAGCUUCCAAAAAGAACCGUUUUCUCUAAAUAACCUGUCAAUCUAUUUAUAAAAUACUUGAUAGUGUUAUUUUUCAUCAAAUUAUAAACAACUUGGACGUUAAAUAUAUUCCAUAAUGCAUAUCUGCAAUGUUAAAGGAUGUAAAAGUGAAUCUAGAAAAUUAAAAAUAAAAUAUAGAUCAUUUCCAAAAGACAUUAAUAUGUUAAAGAAAUGGAUUGCUGCUACUGGAAAUGAGUUACUUCACAAAGUAGAAGUGGGGAAAUUUGGAAAAUAUAAGAUUUGCAAUUUGCAUUUCUCUGACCAAUAUAAGUUAAGACCAACUUUUCAAAGUACUGAUGUACCUGUACCAACAGAAAGUAUACCAGUAGAAGUAAAAGAUAUUGAUAGGAUUGCUGAAGGUAUAAACUUGGUUUCAUCAAGUGAAGUGAUAAAAAAAAAAGAUAAAAAAUAUGUAUGUCCAAAAUUUGUUGUUGCAAAACAAUAUGUACAAAUUGAUGGAGAAAAUGUAAAGUUAAUACCUAGAAAUAAAAAAACACCAGUUAAACCUAAAUCAUGUGAAAAUAAGAAAUUAAACAUUAAAGUUGAAAAUCUUAGGAAUAGCCUAUUGGUAAAUGGUACUAAAAAUGGGGAAGAGAAAAAAGCAUCAAUAUUUGUAAAUGAUGGAUGUAAAUUGCAUAAGAAUUCCAAAUUUAUUAGAAUAAAGGCAUCAAAGAAAGAAGCUUUAGAAAAAAGUGGCAAGUAUAAAAUAAUACGAGAACUUAAACCAAUAAAAAAAAUCCAACUUCAAGAACAUGUGGAUCCAAAAAUUAAAUAUCUGUUAAACAAUGGGAAUGAUCUGAAUAUUGCUGAUACUCUGCCAGAUUUAAACUGUAAAAAUGAGUGUCAAUCAAUUUUGCAACCUAAAAUAGUAGCAAUAGAGUUAUUAAAGCUAACAAAUGAUUUAGUGUCAUCCAAAAUUGCAGUUAAUGAAAAUGGACUUUCAGAUUUGAAUUCUAAAUUAACAAAAAAAGACGUAAUUAAAAUAGAACAAGAACAAUUUGAGAAAAUGGAAAAUGUUCCUCCAAUAUCAACUUCAGAAAUGAUUGGCCAAGAUGAUUUGAAUCUACAAUUGAACUUAAAUAAAUCAAUAUUAACAAAUAAGUCACCAGAUGUAAGUCUUGUAACAGAGAAUUUAGGAAAAUAUGAUCCAAUGUUGGACAUUCACACAGUUACUUCAAAUGAAAUCAUUACAGAAAGUUCAGGCGGUAUUAAAAUAUCACAACCUGAAAACCACAACGUUAAUUCAGUUUCGAAUCCCAUAAAAUUUAUAAAAAUAAAAGCAUCGGAUAUAUCGAAGAUAGAAAAUAGUGGAAAAUAUAAAAUACUACGAACAUUAGCAUCUCCGAUGCAGGUUACAAGAAAGAAAAAGAAAAUGCAUGUGAACAAAAUGGGAACGAUUGUAAAUCCACGUUUCAAACUUGCAAAAAAUAAAAUAUUAAAAAAAGAUUCAUGCAAUCCUCAUACAUCAAAAGAAAAAGAUGCAACAACUAAAUUAUCUACAUAUUCUACAAUAGGAAAUAGUUCUGAAGAAAGUGAUAUGAAAAUAACAGAUAUUUCAAGCCAGAUUUGUCCUUCCAAAUGUAUGAACUUAGAUUUGCUAAAAGAGAAGGACAAUUCAACAAACACAAAGUCAGUAAACAUGUUCAAAAGCAUUGAAACACAGCAAAUACCAGCAUCUACUAUAAUCCACAAUAGUUAUAGAACAAAGGGUGUGAUACAAGUAGAUUCUGAAACUAAAAUGAAAAUGGAAAUAGCAAAUUUAAAAGCAAGAAUAAUGAAUAUGGAAAAUGAAAAGAAAGCGAAAAUUAAAGAGAUGACAGGUGUGAAACGAAAAUUAAGACAUAUGGAGAAAAAAGUAAUUUCUUUAAAAAACAAGGCUGAGUCAUUUAAAGAAUUUGAAAGCUUUCAUUUACUAAGUGGUCAAGUCCAGUCCUUCAUAAGAAGUCAGCUUAACAAUACACAUAGGGAGAAAUUUGGAAGACUAUACACUAAACUAGAUAAAAUGCUAGCUUGUUCUAUAUUAAAUUGCAGUAAACCAUGCUACAAUUUGUUAUCAAAAAUAUUUAUUAUGCCUUCUGUUACGAAACAGCUAAAGACUUUUAUUGAAGACAAUGUUAGAUCAGGGCAAAAUAUAACAACAAUAAAUGAUGGAGAGUUGAUCUAUAAUAUUAGUUAGGAUAUGUCUUAUUUUUUUUUUAUUAUUUGUACAAGCAAAGUGCUUGUACUUUAGAAUGAAAUAUUGUUUAUUAAUGCAUUUAUAUUA